AUGAUGGGGCUUUGUUACUGCUGGGGUCUGGUGACUUUGUGCAUGUUCUUUUUGAUUACUGCUGUGAUAAUGAACUUCCAGGCGGCUAUAUUAGUCACACUUGUGGGAAUUGUGGCAUCUGCCCCAAUCUCUGACAAACUGGACAUUUUGAACAAGGGUACUAUUGAACAAGCCCACAGUUUAAUCAACAAAAUUCUAGAAGAUGUUCCUAAAGCUCAUGCAGCCUGGAUAAAUAACAAGGGUCUGACUUUGGGCGACAACACGAUUAGACUGCAGAUGAAGUACUUGAAAUCUGUGAUACCCUCUGCCCCAGUUCUUCAGAACAUCUCCAAUAUCUCCAGCAUGGAAACCUGCCUUGCAGACAUGGUGAAGGGACUGCAACUUCAUCUGAAUCUCCUGAAUGAGAUCAUCAAAAAACUGGCCCAGACAGACCAAGUGAAUGUACUUAAAAAUGAAAUUCAAGAACUUCGUUCCCUAAUCAAAAAGUUGCAGAAACAGGCGGGAUUUGACCCAUCAAACCAUGCAAAAGAUGAGCAGUCACAGACCCUUGUGCAUGAUCUGCACAAGCAUCUGACAACGGAAUUCAUGAUCCAGGUGGCCGCCCACCUCACCCUGCAACAGCUUCAGGACUUCAGCUGUGACGUCCUCCGCAGUUUUCUUAGUAUUCGCAGAAUGACCUCCAACAUGUCCAUGGCAGAGAACCCUAAGACUGUGCAGCUCUGCAUAAAUGCAGCAGGUCUAUGAGCAGCGUAGACUGUUAAGCCCAAAGUAUACUUGAGUUUUGACACAGAAGCAUAGCCUUUAACAGUAUACUGUAAGCAAAAAACAAACAAACACUUGAUAUUUUUCAAGGUACACAGUCAAAUUAUUUGUUGCUGGAAUCAUGUCGCACCAUUAGCUAGGACAUGGAGGCACUGCAGGGUAUUUGUUGUCUUCAAAUUUUGUAUUUUGUUUAUUUAUUAUUUAGGUUAUUUAUUUUAUAUUUCACUUCAAAUGUUAUUUAUUAUUUAUUAAUUUAACACAUUAGGAACUCCCUUAAAUGGCUUAAUUCUUUACAGUCUGCCUCAGAAAGGAAUGUAUUAUUUAACUCUCUGUAAAAUGUAUUAUUUAACUUAACUGUGUCAUACAAUAUGAGCACAUGAACGUGUCUCAUAAGUUGCUAAAUGAGAUCAUGAUCAUUGGAUCGAUCUCCUGAUCUCUGUAAGAACUACCUACUGUUUUCAUGUGAUAUGUUCUUGUUUUUAUUUUUAUUACCCAUAAAUAGUACUUAUAAAUGAGAUGUCAGAUAAUUUUAUUUAUGAUUCUGUAUUAUUUAUUUAUUUAUUUAACUGAAAAAUGCAUGUAUUUAUUUUUGCCAUUAUUUGUUGUUAUGUUUGGGAUUUUUGAAGAUAUGCCUUACACUUUGACCAAAUAAAUAUUUUUGAGGCUAAUGAGUGUUAAA